UUGUUAUCGACUACAUGUCCACGUCAACAUGAGAAUUAUUCGACUGACAUGUGAAGAGUUUAUUAUUCCAUAAUUCAUUUCAAACUGUUUCCAGUUUCUGAUGACUAUGUUAUAGUUGCAGAUUAUGUUAUAGUUGCAGAUUAUGUUAUAGUUGCAGAUUAUGUUGGUUUUAAUGUGUUCCGUACAUUACCAUUCGACAUUCUAAACUGUGUUGUGUUUUGCCUGAUUGACCACAUCGAUUCUCUCUACAACUAGAAACUUAGAAGCCAGUACAGAAACAAGACAUAAACAAGAUGAAUUUUUCAAAUCAAACAAACUUCGCUUUGGAAGUUGAUGAUACCAUAAACAAAUUAGACAUUGCGCUUACGAUAUUCUAUGUCAUAGUCAUGGUAUCGGGAACCUUACUAAACCUCUGGUUGCUUCUUGCCAUAGCCACUAGCCAAGAAUUAAGGUCACGCAUGCGCAAUAAGCUUCUCAUCAGCACAUGUGUUCUCCAUCUGCUGCUCUGCCUAGUGGAAGGUCCAUUGGAGACGACUUUUGAUUACUCUAACGAACACUUGUGCUCUCAUUUUUAUGCAGCAAUUAACAUUGAACUUAUGCUGGACUUUGUGUCCAAUUACACACUCCUUACAAUGGUCAUCGUAUUUGUUCUUCAACUGAUGGACUUAAAGCUUAGCGUGUGGCUAUCCAUGCUACGGCAAAGGCUUGUCACCGUAGGAGUCAUUUCAUUGCCCUGGGUGGCCUCGUUGAUUACCAUCCCUGCCAUGGUCAUGGGUAGCGCCAAGGUUCGAAUUACACCGGAAUGCUCAGUCCCGUACUCUCACGCUACCAUGAGACUCCUGGACACUCUCUUGCCACUCUCGCUUGCCGCAGUCAUCACAGUGGUGGCAGUGCUGAAGAAGCGCAGAAGGUUCAGGGCCGGUUUUACAUCCAGCGGAAUGCAGGUGGAACUGUUAAGUCCUGGUCCAGAGAUGGAUGAAGCCAAGACGUAUGUUGCUGCGGUUGGUGUCGCAUUGUGUUGUGAUUCGAUCAUCGCCCUUUUUGAAUUUGAGCUUAACUUUGAGUCCCACAAAACUCGAAUCAUUGUUUUCUAUAUCGCCAUCACACUGGAAUGCGCCAGACCUUUGUUUAUGUUUUUUCCCUGGUUGAUGUUUAAAGACGUCAGACAACGCUUGAAGUCCUGGAAGCCAUGGCUCCGACCUAAACCUGGAAUAGAGUUAAGCGACGUCCAGAGUGGACACACCCAAGCUUGAUCUGCGUUUGUUGGCUGACAACAGUGUCCCGAAAUCAUGAAUAGAAAACAUUAUAUACAUUAACACAUCUUAUCUUAUCUUAUAUAAUACACACGUUACUUCCAAUAUGAAGGUGAUUACGUCCUACGCGUAAUGCAUUUAGUAAUGCAUUAUAACCAAUAACCCAUGGGCGUAGCCAGGAUUUUUUUUCGGGGAGGGUUUUGGGGGGGGGGGGAUUCCCCCCCCCCGACAUCCCCCCCUCCCGGCGAAAAAAAAUAUAUAUGUGUGUGUGUGUGUGUGUGUACAUAAUUAAUCUUUACUACAUUCUGACCCUUUCGGAAGACGUUUAUUAAUUAUUGUAGACUCCCCGCCCUUGCUAGCAAGGGGGUCUGGGGGAGUUCGUAGCGCUCCCACAGCGCGGGGCGAAGCAAGCUGUUUCCGCAACUCUUAUUUUUAUCUACAGUGCAUUAUGUUGCUAUUAAAAAGUUUUAUUUCAAAAACCUAAUGUGCUAUUCUUACUGACUUAGACCCUCUUGCGCCGUUCAUUUUGUCGGAAAACAUGUCCCGCAAAACCUCAUGCGACGCUCUGUCACAACCUUACUAAGGAUUCGACUCCCAGUUCGGCAUAUGAUUUCUUUGAUUUAGACCCGAUCUCUAUGACUGACUCCUAAAAUCUGUCUUAGCCAUCUUUGUUGCGACAUAUUUAAUGAUUUUCAAUAUCGGCAGAAGACUAUUCACACUUAAUUAAUGGAGCCCAAGCCACUGGUAGAAAUGUGUAACCUUUCUUGACUACGCUCCUGGAAUUACAUGCCUGUAUUUUGUUCCCCUGGCCAUCCAAUGAUUAAAUCAGAACAAUCUGGUAUAAACUUUGUCACAUGUCAAUUAGGAGUGAGUCUGGUGUGAAUGUACACUUUGGUUUCUUAUAGUUAUACUGUUUUUUGUUUGGUGUAAUGCACAAAUUGUAAGACAAAUUUCCUGACGGAUAAUAAAGAUUAUUAUUAUUAUUAUUAUUAUUUCGCUUUAGAUUUUAUAUCGAAAAGGAAAGUUUUUUCGUCAAAUCAUCUGUUGAGGGGUUUUAAACUAAAAAAUCUGUUUGUAUUUUUUUUGUUUUGUUUUUAAUUCAAAACCCCAUUUAGCUACGAUCAUAGAAUUUGGUGACUGUAGUUUGCUUUAAAAUAAUAUUGAAGAGAGAGGUUUUCAACUCGAAACGCUCUGUAGGGGAAUUUUAAACUCAAAACCAUCAGGAGGGGUUUUAAACUUUAAAGAUAAAGCCAUCUGGAGGAGGGGGAUUUAAACUCAAAACCCCUUUGGCUACGCUCAUAGAUUUUAUAGUGUGUAAUUUGCUUUUUUUUAUAUUGAAGAGGUACUUUUUUUAGCUUCAAACCCCAACUGGAAGGGGGAGGGGGGUUAAACUCAAAACCCCUUUGGCUACGCUCAUAGAAUUUUGAGUGUGUAAUUUGCUUUUUUUAUAUUGAAGAUGGGGUUAUCGUAAAUUUUGGAUGGGGUUUUAAAAUCAAAAUCUUCCUCAACUGUGCUGUUGGAAUUUGGGGAUUGUUGUUUGCAUUGUUUUUGUUUUAUUUUAUAGAAGAGGGGGAUUUAACUGCAAAAACCUCUGGUAGGGGGUUUAAAAUUCAAAACCCUUGUAGGGGGUUUUAAACUCAAAGCCCCCUGGUACAGGGAUUUGUAUCUCAAAACCCCCUGAUAGGUUUUUUUUUAAAUCUCAAAACCCCCUGGUAGGGGGAUUUAAACUCAAAACCCCCUGGUAGCGGGUUUUUAACUCAAAACUGCCUCGGCUGUGCUGUGGUAAGUGAUGAUUUAGUAUUAAAAUCUCACCUAAAAUAAACAAAAUGAAAGCAAAUAUCAGUCACUUAAUUCCGUCCCCCCCCCCGCGCCAUUUCGGGGGGGGGGGUUGAACCCCAAGAACCCCCCCCUGGCUACGCCCAUGAAUAACCUAAAUUCUGCUAAGUCACUGGUUUUCCUGGCUAGCUCAGGUAACACAUUCCAUGCUCUAAUUCCACUAGAAAAACGAAACAAUGAAAAUGUCAGCCACUUAGUGUUGUGAAGUCUUUUAUGGUUGACCUUUUAGCCUCGUUCUCAGAGUAGUUUUACAGAUCAUUUCUCUUUUUUUCAUUUCCACCAAAACCUUUGUAAAGAAUGAAAUGUUGCCUUCUAUUGGUGGGGGUCUCGCACGAGACUCAAAACAACAAUUUUUUUUUUACAGAAGAAAUACCGAAACGCGUCUUCAGUGUUACUCUGGUUGUUCAUUACACUUUUAAUAAAAUGCAGAAUUUAAUUUUUUUCCCUUUUUUAAAAAAAUGUUUUUAUGUCAUUUGAGGCCUCAAAAUUCAUAUAGCCUAGUUCCUCCAAUUAUCUAAUGCCGGCCAUGGCCCGAUGAACAAUAAGCGGCGACUGUUUAUUGAGUUGGCGGGCCAAAUGUUUUUUAGUCUAAAGUUCAUGGCCUUAGACGCACACACACACACACAAGUGGCGACAGCAAGAAUGAGUUCUUUUUAUUGUGUGUGUGUGUAAACCAGUGGCGUAGCUAAAGUAUAUGAUGCCUGGUGCGGUACCUCAUCAUAAUGCCCCCCCCCAAAAAAAAAAAAAAAAAAAACACUAACUAAUUAAUAACAUUGCAAAACCUUACUUUUUUGUUCAAAAUAAUAUGCAUUCAUUAAUCAAAUAUUGUUAAUUCACUUUUACAUAAACAUACUACAAAUGAAUUUUACGCGCUUUCUUGCUGGCAAAAGUUUCAAUAAUUUUAUCGAAAUCAAUUUUUACCGCCAGCUUUUGUUCAAAGGACAAAAUGGCCAAAUUAGUGAGUCGUUAAUUUGUCAUCGUUGAUCGCAAGUAAUUCUUGAUCAGUUUAAGUUUGGAAAAACUUCUCUCGCAUGUAGCAACGCUUACCGCAAUAGUCAAAAAUAUGCGAAUCAUGAUGACGAUAUUGGGGACUGAAUCAUCUAGCUGAUAUUUUUUUUUGAAGAGCUCAACAGGUCCUUGUUUUGGAAGUGCGGAGGCUCCUGAUGAAACUGUGACAAACCGUUGAAGUCUCUUUCGCUCCAGCAGAAGUUCGUUUUUAUCAAUGUCGCUAGGAGUACUAUCGAGAAUGAUUUCGACCUGAGGAUUCAAUAGCUGGGAAGGCGACAAAAAUUCAUAUCUAUCUGCUACAUCAUGAAGUUGCUCGAAUCGGGUGAUUAUUUCUUGAACAAUCCUGUCCAAGGUAGAAUAAAUUUCCCUUCGUAGCUCUUCUUUGUGUGUAAGUACAGAGUCGUCACUUUUCUCACCAGGCAUCUUUUUCUUAUGGCCAAUACGUUUUUGAGGUUCUGUACUGAUUCUCAGUUCUGAGCACACGCUUUCGGCAAAGGUAAUGCUGGCUUCAGCGAUGGCCUCUCGAUUACUACUUUAAAAUGUCUCCAAUUUUUUUAGUUUGAGUGAUCAGUCUCGAAUAGACAAUCCUUGUUUUUGAAGGUAGACUUGCGUAUCAUUAAUUUCAGUUAAUACAGGAGCCCAAAAUCCAAGAUAGGUGAGAAAAUUAAAAGACUGAAUAGCAACCAAUAAUCUACCUGCUUCAGAUCUAGCCGAUGAAUUUUCCUCUCUGCUAGUUAAUGUCUCCAGAGUUUCUAUAAUUUUAGAAAAUUUAUCCCUAAUCAUCUUGACGGCUUCUCCUCUGGCGCUCCAGCGGGUCUCAACUAAACGUUUAAGGCUAGUUCCGGUUAUUUUCAUGAGGAUAUCCCAGCUGUGUGUUGAAGUUGAGAAAAAGGUGUGUAAACGGUCCAGUGUACCAAAAAAAUUUUUACCGAAUUGACUUCAGCUUCAGCAGCUCGAAUUCCUGCUAAAUUAAGAGAAUGGUUUGAGCAGGCAAUGAAUAGUGCUUUGGGAUUGACUUCUAGAAUACGUUUUUGGACACCCUAGUUUUGACCUUUCAUGACCGCAGCAUUAUCAUAGCCUUGACCCCUGCAGUCCAUUAUGUCUAAGCCAUCCGAACGCAGUUUCUCUAGAAUCAUUUCAGCGAUUUCAGCAGCAUGCUUGUCCUUUGUGUCGAUGAAGUCAAUAAAAGACUCACGAACUUGCACCCCGUCAUUAUCCAUGACAACGUACCGUAAAAUUUAUUUCGGAAGUUUGAUCCAGCUUUGAGAUGUCAGGUGUACUGUCAAAAAUAAUAGAGAAAUAUUUGGCUUGUUUUACUUGCUGAUUCCCCAAUAUUGUAAUAAAUUCAUUUUGUAUUUGUGGAGACAUGUAUGUAUUCGGUCUGGAACAAAGCUUAGUUUGAAGCACAUACUCCCUCAAGAGUGGAUCGGACUUUGAUAGUAAUUUUACUAACUCCAAUACUCCAAGAAAUUGCCUUGAUUUUGCCCUUCCAACACUUCUUCUGCUCGCUCGCGAUGCCCACGAAGUGCCAGAUUUUGCUUUGAGAGAAAACGAAUGAUGUCCAAGAUUCUCUUCAGGUAGUCUCUCCAGGUUUUCGUCUCUUGUAUAAUCAAAUCUUGGGCCUUGUCAAUACCCUACUCUCAGGCGAACUUCAAGCUCCCCCCAAGCAAGCGAUGACUGAAUGUGAGUUCUGCUGGUCUCAUGUUUUUCUAUUUUCGGGGAUAACCUCCACCAAUCAUUGAAUCCAUCUUUGGAUUUAAAUGAAGAUUUGGUACUUGAUCUUGUUGAGAAGAGUAUGCAGGGGAAGCAAAAUAAGGAUUCUUUUUUUUGGCGAAUAACACAUCCACUUUCUAAGAACUUUCUCGCCGUUUGACAUUUACCGGAAAAAACUAACCUUUGGAAGCUUUCUAGCCUUUCCUUUUGCUGAUUCUUGAUGUCUAUACACCUCUCUGAAUUUGCUGUCCAUACGCUGAACUGUUUCAGAUCCUUGAGUGGCAAGGUGUAUGCGAAUAUUAUCUGUGAUGACAUCAGGCCAAUCUCCAAUGUCGUUCAGUCUAGAGUUUAUUAUCCUGCUUUCUGUAUUGUUUACACUGUCUGAUGGUUCAGCUUCUUCAGUAUGAAUAUUUGAGGAGUGUACUAAAGACAUGCUUGUGUGCUGUCCUUUAGUCUCUAGAACCUGCGGUAUUGAAGUAUUUUCUUCUUUUUCAUCAUUCAGGAUGUCGGCCUCAUCAUUUUUUUCUGGAUUCAAUGAUAACCGUCUCAUCUUGCUUUGUUGCUUUUAAUUGUUCAGUUAUUUCAUACACAAUAACAGCAUGCGCAAUAUGUAACAGAUUUUCACCCUCUAGACUCAAUAUCUAGAUUAAACUAAUGGACUAAACAAUGAAGUAAAAAAAGGUUGGCCAAUCUUAUUCUUCUUCUUUAUAUUACAGAGCAUUGAUCAGUGUAGUAACAACAUGUACCGUGUGUCCGAAAUAAAUCUAGUAAAUUACAUUCAAACUGUUCUAUAGCUUACAUUGUAUUGAAGAAAUAGUUUCGGAGAUGAAAUAGAAUAGCGACAUGACUAGUUUAUAAAUCGUUAGUUCAUGUUUAAAAUACAGUUUAUGUUUGUUCGUGUCCAUAUAAUUAGUCGUUUUUACUGAAACGCUCAGGGAAAUAGGAAAUUAAUACACACUGGGGGAAUUUUGGUGCCCCUCUCCACUUGGUGCCCUGUGCGUCCCUACCACCCGCACAUUGGUAGCUACGCCACUGGGUACUAUCUCUUCGUUCACAUAUACUUUACUAUUUCUUUGUAGCUUACGUAAUGUAAACAAUAUUGAUAGAAAAAAAAGCAAGGUUACAAGAGAGUUUGUGUGGAAACACAAACUCAGAAUCGGCCCCCCGAAGUAGUUCACAGAGGCAGGUUUCAAUAUUUUCAGCAUGUACAUCAGAAGCAAUAGGAUAUUUGUCUCUUUCGUGGGUUGCAAAGAAGGAGAUGAGGCCAACUGUGUCCUACAGUUUUAGAACGAUUUACAAUAUGCUUCUGUAUUGCCUUUUUAUAUUUGUACUAUGUCUUAUAGUUACUUUUUGUUUGGUUUAUCUUGUUAUUCAUAGAUGCUGCUACCUUUUUUAUGUUUGUCUCGCUGAUUUACAUCUGUUAAGUUGAUAUUUUCAUUAAAUGCACAUGCGGCUGA